AAUCCUUGGCUUCAUAUAUUUUGCUAUGUUUCUUGGACAGGGAUUUGUGGGUUUGAGUGGAGCAAUAUUGAUUCAGGUAUAUGACACAUUAUGUGACGGUGAACCAUCCACUUACAUUCUAAUCCUUGCUCUAACGCCCACUCUGGUCUCCCUCCUGCUUAUGACUCUGGUAAGAAUCUAUGAACACAACAACUCGGUUUAUCAGGACAAGAAGCACCUCAAUGCUUUCUCUGCUGUUGCUCUAAUCAUUGCCGGAUAUCUCAUGAUCGUUAUACUACUAGAGAACAUCUUCAGUUUGCCAUUGUCAGUGCGGGUCAUCACAUUCAUACUUCUACUUCUUUUACUUGCAUCCCCUUUAGGAAUAGCAAUUAGAGCCCAGAGGGAGGAGCUCUCCGAGAGAUUGUUGUUGUCAUCAUCAGAAGAAUCAUCUCCUACCGACACAAGUACAGUAAUUGUGUCCUCUAAGUUAGAAGAUCCAUCUGAAUACCAUGAGAUACCGGAUUUUGAUGAUAAUUCAGACAAGUCUGAAGAUUCAGAUAUUUCUUUGUUUCAAGCAGUGCGUACCUGGAAUUUCUGGUUAAUCUUUGUGGCUAGCGUUUGUGGGAUGGGGUCCGGUCUAGCUACCAUAAACAACAUCAGUCAGAUUGGUGAAUCACUUAGAUACACAACCAUUGAGGUAAACUCUCUGGUCUCUUUAUGGAGCAUAUGGAAUUUCCUAGGCCGGUUUAGUGCAGGGUACGUAUCAGAUGUAUUUCUUCAUAAAAGAGGCUGGCCGAGGCCUAUUUUCAUGGCGAUUACUCUAGGAACAAUGUCAAUCGGUCAUUUAAUUGUUGCUUCUGGAUUUCCGGGCAAUUUGUACAUUGGAUCAGUCUUGGUUGGUAUAUGCUACGGUUCGCAGUGGUCGUUGAUGCCAAUUAUUUCUUCGGAGCUAUUCGGGGUCCGACACUUCGGGACUAUUUUCAACACCAUUGCAAUAGCUAGUCCAGUUGGUUCUUACAUAUUUUCUGUGAGAGUUAUUGGGUAUUUUUACGACAAGGAGUCGUCCGGAGAAGACAACUCCUGCUAUGGCACUGGAUGCUUCAUGAUAUCUUUUCUGAUCAUGGCUUCUGUUGCCGCCUUCGGGUGUGUGGUGGCGGUGUUCCUGUUCUUCCGGACAAAGAGGUUUUACAGGCAGGUGGUGCUCCGAAGACUGCAGCAUUCUUCGAGAUCAUGAGGAGUAAUUUACAUGAGUAACCAAGGAGACUGCCAUGAAUCCUUUUUACAGUGGUUCAUCAUUCUUUGAUUUUGUGUUUUUCUUUUCUUCUUCUUCUGAGAACUGUGAUUUUUGGUGAGAGGAGGUUAUUGCAGAAUUUACAUUUUUAUUGUAAACAUAAAAAUGAAGUAAAAAUCUAUUUGAUUGGCUUUUUGUUGAGUCACACAAAUAAUAUAAGAAAGUGUCUUUG